AUGACCGCAAGGUUCGCAGUCAAGAGCUUGGACCAUUUGGUUCUAACAGUCCGCUCCAUCCCGGAAGCAGUCAGCUUCUACACGACCAAUCUAGGGAUGCGUCAUGAGGUCUUUACUUCGCCCAAGGACCCACAUGCUUUGCUCUUUGGCAGCCAGAAAAUCAACCUUCAUCUGUCGGGCAAGGAGUUUGAGCCCAAGGCACAGAACGUCAAGCCUGGGAGCGCCGAUUUGUGUUUCUUGACGGAUGAGAAUGUCGAGAAGGUUCUUCAGGCUUUCCAAGAUGCUAGAAUUGAAGUCCUCGAGGGAUCGCAGGUUGUAGAAAGAACUGGAGCGGUUGGGAAGAUCCGGAGCGUUUAUGUGAGAGACCCGGAUGGAAAUCUGAUUGAAAUAUCAAACUACGCUUAA